UGAGCAGUCACUGUAGCUACAGCAGGGGUGAGCCAGACAGGGCAGCCAGGCUGGGUCACCGUGGUGGAGGGACAUGGCAGCUUCACAAAAUGGGCAACACAGAGGGGACAGGCAAGGACAAGACUGGACAAGACAGGAUGGGACAGACUGCUGCUAGUACCUCCAGUGCAGAUCCCACAUCUCCCCAUAUGUUGAAGCUGCAACACUCUACACACCCCUAAGAAGGGGUUCACUUUGCUGGUUGUGUUUCUGCAGGGGAUGAGUGAGGAGCAGCUCCCUGCAUCUCCCCACUGCCCCACCGCACGGCAGGACACCAAUGCCUCAGCGUCUGUGUACCCGCAGUACUGGGUGGAGCCCCGGUUCACCCAAGCAGCGAAGGUCCGUGUGAUCAUCACAGCCAUCUUCUUCCUGCUGGCAGCGGGCAGCAACGCGGCGGUGCUGGGCAGCCUGCUGAGGAAGAGGAGGAAAUCCCAUGUGCAGCCGCUGAUCCUCAGCCUGGCACUGGCCGACCUGCUGGUGACAGUGAUGGUGAUGCCCCUGGAUGCAGCAUGGAAUGUGACAGUGCAGUGGUACGGAGGGGACAUCUCCUGCAAGAUCCUCAACUUUCUCAAGCUCUUUGCUAUGUACGCGGCUGCCCUGGUACUGGUGGUCAUCAGCCUGGACCGGCACGCAGCCAUCCUCCAUCCUUUCUCCCGUGCCCACCGCCGCAAUGGGAUGCUGCUCCGUGCUGCCUGGGCUGGCAGCGUGCUCCUGGCUUUGCCCCAGCUUUUCCUCUUCCACCUGAACACAAUUCCAGGAGGGAAUUUCACCCAGUGUGUUACUCAUGGAAGCUUCCGAGCACACUGGGAAGAAACUGUCUACAACAUGUUCACCUUCACCACCCUCUACAUCACCCCCCUGAGUGUCAUGAUCGUUUGCUACAUCCGGAUCCUUUGGGAGAUCAGUAAGCAGCUAAAGGUCAAUAAAGGUUUGACAAGAAAUCAAAACGACCACAUCUCCAAGGCACGCAUGAAGACUCUCAAGAUGACCAUAGUGAUCGUUGCCACCUUCAUCAUCUGCUGGACCCCUUACUAUCUCCUGGGCUUGUGGUACUGGUUCCAGCCAGCCAUGAUCCAGAAGAUGCCAGAGUAUGUCAACCACAGCUUCUUCCUCUUUGGCUUGCUGCACACCUGCACUGACCCUAUCAUUUAUGGACUGUACACCCCCUCCUUUCGGGAGGAUGUGCAGUUGUGUCUCAGGGGCAUUGAAACAGCCAUCACCAGGCAAAAGAGACACAAACCCAUCACAGCCUCAGAGAAGAACAUCAAGGAUGGUGCUGCAAAUGGUGGGGUGGCAUCAGGGGGCUCCAACGGGACAACUGUCAGCGCGGUCUGAUGAAGAGACGUACCCACAAGGGGAUGGCAGGCACAGCUUUGGGGCUGUUUUGUCCUGUAGGACCAUUUUGGAGGCUGUCAUGAUGAGGUUCCCUACUCAGCUUUGGUGGGUGAGGGUCUCUGGCCAGAAACUGAGAAUGUGUCUCCUGCCUGUACUCAGGGUGAAAAAAUUUGGGGGUAUUUAUGGUCAUUCUGCUGUAUUCUGGCAGCACCGUGACAACUAGAAAAAUAUCCUGUUUGUACCUGACACAUGCUCCAGCCCUGAUCCUGUGAUCAAGCUUCUCCACACUUCCAGCAUCAAUCCCUGGGAGGAAGUUUACCAUCUCCACUAUGGUUCAUGGUCAUGUCUCUGGAGUGGCUGGUUUCCAAGUGCCCUUUGCACCUACACCCAGCUGUAGAGCUGCAUGGAUGGUGUCACCCUGAGCCUGCAAAGGUGUGAUCACAGGCUUUUACU